AUGCGUCGGCGGCAGCCUUUUUCCUUCGCGUUCCCCCCCAUCUACCACGUCCGACAGGAAAGACCUUUUUGUUCAAGGUAUAUUUGUCUUCUUCUUUUUGGAAUUGGCUUGAAUAUGGAAUCUCGACUAUGGCCGAUCCGACGAGCACUUCAGGGAGUUUCGCCGGUUUGGAAGAAUGCUCCUUCGGGCCUCCUUCGCCGAGACACUGCACCGGCGGUGUGCUUCGAUGACUGCGAUGGCGCUUACAAGGUCGCCUUGUCGAUCGGGAAAUCCGACAAGCUGUGCGCUUCUGGAGGCUCGUUUAUGGGCUUAUACCAGGCCUGCAGAUCAUGCAUCGAGGAAAAUUCCGAAGGCUCCAGUCAGGACAUAAAUAGUUACCUGGAGCCCAAAUUCGCCCAAUUCGUCGCCUAUUGCGAAGGAGGGGAUGCAGAUGCGAGUGGAGGGAUCGGUGACGGAACCACGGCUUGUGAUGAAUGCAUCACGACGGCCUUGGAGGAUUACAGAGGAUCUACCGUCAUGAUAGUUUUGGGUACCAAGACGGUGCCAACAUCGUCGCUUCUUGACAAGUCGGUCUUCAGGUAUGUAACAGUCAAGCAGACGGUUACGUAUCACGAAACUGGGCAAGCAUCGUCGACUGCCACUUCAGGGACAGAUCGCAACGAGCCAGACAGUCCACCUGGUCCUGACAUUGCCACCAUCGUUGGCCCCGUCGCCCCCUCGGUCGUACUCCUCAUCGUCCUCAUAUUCCUCGGCUUUCGAUGGUACAAGAAGAGAGAAAGGAUAAAGGAUCAAGAAGCCCAGAUCGAACCGGACGAAGAACCCAAGGUGGAAAAGGCCCAGCUACACUCGGAUUGCAUAUCUCGACCCACGUACGAGUUGGAGGGUUCAACACCCUUCAUUCCAGAUCCGAUUCCUCCGGACGGGGCUGAGAUGGCUGCAAACGAGGUUGCUGCUCAUGAGAUGCCGACAGACAAGAAGCUGGGGGAGAGAAGAGCUGAGGGGGGCGAGGAUCAGGUUAAGACGGAAGAAAGCAAGGGCGCGGAGAGCAAGCCGGACGAAAGAAAUGUAGGGAAUGGAGGCAACGACACAGCAGGCGCUUCCAAGUAA